ACUUCGUGAAGAUGCAUCAGGGUAGAAUUCUGUGACAGGCACCUCAUUGACAUAUUCUUCUUUUUUUACAGCGCAGUUCUGUAGUUAACCCGCGUGCGCACUGAACACCUCUAUUGUCUCGUCGCUGCACGCACAACUAUAGGGAGCGAGCGCGCGGUUAUGAGCGUGCAAGGGAGCGGCAUGCGCUGACCCGAAUCUCCGGGCGCAGGCACAGACGUGGACAGACGGCAGUCGACACAGACUGCAUGACAGACAUCAACAGAUGAUAUGGCGGAGAAUAUCUGCGCCGUUUAACGUUGCCAACAUCGCUCCGGUCCUAACGGAAGACCCUGCAGAGGAUCACGGGGCUGUGAGAGACGAGCCGCGGCGCAGUUUGUCUAAUCCACCUGUCGUGAUUUGGGGCAGGUUUCCUGUCAUCCACUGUGGAGAAAGAAGGUGUCGCUUGAUUUAUGAGAAGUUGGGCUCUGGGAUUUGACAGCUUCUGUUAACCUCAUCGCACUCUCAUUUUGGAUAAGUGACGAAAAACAUCCCUAUCGCCCAUGUUCCGGCCAGGAGAAAGGGCUGUUGCGUCUCGCAGACACAGCUGGCGUAGUCAGACUUGACAGCCCUUGUUUUUUUAGCGGUUGUUUUGUCGUCGGCAGAGGGCCUGACAGACACCGCAGACUAUUGUUUUGAGAGCGAGUUAGGCUCUAGUUCCAGCUAACAGCGGCGGCGCCCCGUUUUAGCGAACCCCCACCCAUUCUCGCGGGUACCUUGGAUGGGGGGAAAGCAGAGCACGGCCGGGCGUCCCCGGGGAGCUUUUCCCGGUGUCUCCACAGAUGACAGCGCAGUACCACCCUCGGCCCACUUUGGCCACUACAGACCAGGCGGUCCAAUGGGGCUGCGGAGCCGGUCUGUGAGCUCUGUGGCGGGGAUGGGCAUAGAUCACAGCGCUGCGGUACCAUUCGGUUUCUAUAACCCGAGAGCAACGGACUCAGACAGGGCCGGCGGUGGGUCUGGCUCUGAUGCAGCCCCUGGUAAUGCGUUUCAGGAGACAGGAGGGGGACAUCAUCACACUGACGGCAUGCUUUAUCUGGGAUCCAGAGGAUCGUUGGCAGACACCUUGCCCUUGCACAUCGCACCCCGGUGGUUUAGCGCCCACAGCGGAUUCAAGUGUCCCAUCUGCUCCAAGUCCGUGGCCUCCAAUGAGAUGGAGGUGCACUUCCUCAUGUGUCUCAGCAAGCCCCGCCUCUCCUACAAUGAUGACGUGCUGGCACGUGAUUCUGGAGAGUGUGUGAUCUGCCUGGAGGAGCUUCAGCAGGGGGACACCAUCGCUAGACUGCCCUGCCUCUGCAUCUACCACAAAAGUUGUAUAGACUCCUGGUUUGAAAUCAACCGCUCCUGUCCAGAGCACCCAUCUGACUGACUUACUGCCUGACUGGCAAAGGAGCCCAGCUGCUGCAGGCUAAGGUUGCCUCCUGUGCUCCUACCCAACCUUGUCCCCUCCUCCUCCUCCUCCUCCUCCUCCUCCAACUCCCCGGACUACCGGACUCAUAACCGAGAACCAAACAGCAACAAUGAAUGACGAGAAGACCGGAGAGAUAGAGAGAGAGACACAGCGAGAGAGAGAGAGAGAGAGAGAGAUAAAGAGAAAGAGAGAUGGAAGCAAUCACUCCAUCCACUGAAGUCAGCCUUUUCCCAAAGGAUUCAUCAUUAAGACCAACCACCCAAUAAUAAUAACAAUAACAAUAAUAAUAACAAUAAUUGUUAUAAUUAUUAUAAUAAUGACAACAAAAUGUAUCUUCAACUGCAUGGCCAGCCCCCAAAACAACUUCUUGCUGGCCCACAAAAUCAAAGCUCCACCUAUCUACUGGUUUUAACAUGCACACAACAUCGCUUUGCCCACAAUCGUAAUGCAGAGCAGUGUGUGUAUGAAUGUUGCUGUGUUUGCUGUGUGUGCUUGUGCGAAUGAGAGAGAGAGAGAAAGAGAGAGAGAGAGAGAUGGAUUUGUGACCAUCUGAGAUGUUUUGAUGUCAGUCCUCAUAGGGGCAAUAGACAUCUCAGUAUAGACUCACUGUGUGUGUGUGUGUGUGUCUGUGUGUGUGUGUGUGUUCCUAUUGAAGCGUGUAGCCACAGACCUUAGAGAUGAUAAAUCAUAGCCGUGUCUAAAUGUUUACGGUCCGCAUGCCUCAUGUGUGUUUGAGUUGUGUUUCGCGUGUGUCUGAGUGUGUGCGUGCGUAUGUGAGUGUGUGUACGCGCGUGCGCUUCUGCUGUGUAACUGUGAUGUAUAUACUGUAUGUGCGUACACUUCUGCCGUAUAUCUGGGAUGUGUUUGUAUGUCUGUGCGUGUUUAUGCGAUUGUGUGUGCUGGAAAUGAGACACGGGCCAGUCUUUUCCCCAGUUUUCUCAUUGUAAAGGCCUGUGCUGUUAUAAGGCGUUGUGUGUAUGCUAAGUCUGUGUGUGAUAAAGUCUGUGUGUGUGUGUGUGUGUGAGAGAGAGAGAGAGAGAGAGAGAGAGAGAGAGAGAGAGAGAGAGAGAGAGAGAGAGAGAGAGAGAGAGAGAGAGAGAGAGAGAGAGAGAGAGAGAGAGAGAGAGAUACCUGUUAAAGGUUAUUUUUGGGGGGUCAUAAUGGAUGGCUGGAAAAUGGCUACUGAUGGGGUGAUGUUGCCGUGACAACUGAACAGAGUGAUACGGAGAGACGAGCUGUUCUUCUUUCACUGGACUUGAUGAAGCUCAGCCGUGUGCUGUUGUCUGCAGACAUGCUGGUGUAUACACACACACACACACCGCACACACACACACACACAC